AUGUCCCGAAGUUUCUUCGUGGAUUCUUUAAUCGGCAAUAACUCGUCGCCCUCAUAUCCCCUGCCGUAUUAUGGAAAUCAGCUGCCUAAUUACAUGUUCAAUUUCUUCAAUUUGGGCUUAAACUACCAACCGAUCAGGCCGAUACCCAGGCCACCCACCGUGCCGGUGCACAUCAGCCCGCCCGCCCUGAGCGUCUUGCCGAUACCUGGACAGACUCCUCCGUCGCCUCUGAACACCUCGACCAAUAAUGUAUCAGAGGUUUCAGCGCCCAACGAGUCCCCGUCUCGCAGCAAUACACCGACACCUCCGCCGAAGUCCCCGGUUUCCAUCGGCAACAGCUCGAAGCGCAUCCGCACCGCAUUCACCAGCACGCAACUGCUGCAGUUGGAGCGCGAAUUCGCCGCGAACAUGUAUCUGUCGCGACUGCGUCGCAUCGAGAUAGCGACCAAUCUCCAGCUGUCAGAGAAGCAAGUGAAGAUCUGGUUCCAGAAUCGGCGAGUGAAGUACAAGAAAGAAGACCUCCCGUCCGGCCAGAGCCAGAAGUGUUGCUGCCUGAGGACCUGCGGCAAACGAAAGGACGACUGCAGCGAGGGCUCGCCCGGUCGGAAGUGCGGUCGGGAAAAAGAGGAGAAGGAAUCUCCGAAGAGGAGUGAGAGUGGCGACGGCAAAGCCACUCGCGAGCCCAACGAGAUCGAACGCCUGGAACGGUCGACCGCGCACGAGGACGUUCGCUGCGAAGGCGUCACGAACUUCCGGAAGAUAAACGACACGCAGGAUCGGGUCACCGAGUACGAGGCGCGAGAUUUCUCCCGGGGUUGUAAGAGGAGUAUGGAGGAGGAAGCUAACGAAAGAACCGACAAAAAAAGGAUGGAUACCGCGGCGACUUAUCAAACCCCGUGGGCGAUCGAGAAUCCGAUGCUGAGAAGCAAAGGAUGCAUAAAGCAUACGGUCGAGCGGAUCGUUAACUCGUAG